UAGGGUUUUUUUUGUUCUUCUCAUAAUAUAUGGCUGAAAUCAUUAAAGACUGAGUCAAUAUUUGUGUUAAUUAACACCUAUGAUAUUAUCAUUGUCCAAAUUUAGAUCCUACUACUUGUCGACCUACUUUCAGUAGGUUUUGUACUCGUGUUAUGUUUUACAGUUUUCAAUAUUGCUGGGUUGCUUGAUGGUUUACACUUUAAUUGAUUAUGUUCAAAUUAGUAAUUAGGUAUCUUAAUUAAUUUAAUUUCUUCAAAUUUCUUAAAAUGACAAAUUUAUUUGCUUACUAAUAAUAAAUAAUGGUUAAAAUAUAUAGAGUAGGUAGCUAAGUUAAGCAUGUGAUUUUGUAUUUGAUUAAGUGGAUCAAGUAGGUAAUUAGUAGUAAAGUAUUAUUUAAAUUCAUAAAACAAUUUACUUUUAGCUUAACAGUUACACCAUCACCAUCACCACCCAAAGUCAAGUCUGUACAUUAAAGUUGAAUCAUUUAAGAAUGGUAGUAACCACUCACUCUACUCUGUAUUCUGACUGAGAAAGUUAGAACCAAGAAAAGAAAACAGAGUAGUCCAACUCCGUUUACUUAGUAUAUAUAUAUUAGUACGUAGUAGAUAUAGAUCAAAGCAAUUGAAUUAAAGCACAGAAAAAUGGCUGGAGGUGGAGUUCUAGCCGUUGACGGACCCGUCAGUGGCUUUCACAGCAGGAUAACAACGUCGGUGGUGAUUACGUGCAUCGUUGCUGCCUCUAGUGGCCUCAUUUUUGGCUAUGACAUCGGAAUUUCAGGUGGAGUGACGACAAUGUUACCAUUUCUGAGGAAAUUUUUCCCAUCUGUACUAAGGAAUAAGGAAGGAGAAGGAAAAGCCACCAAACCAAACAUAUACUGUGUGUACGACAGUCAAGCAUUGACAGCAUUCACAUCUUCACUUUACAUAGCUGGCUUAGCUGCAUCCCUAGUUGCAAGCCGCCUCACCGCCACCUUGGGCCGCCGGAACACCAUUUUAUUGGGUGGUUGCACCUUCCUUGUUGGAGCUGCAAUUAAUGGUGGUGCUGCCAAUAUUGCUAUGCUCAUAUUAGGCCGUAUCUUGCUCGGAUUUGGGGUUGGUUUCACUAACCAAGCGACUCCUGUCUAUCUGUCGGAAGUAGCACCCCCAAAGUGGCGAGGGGCAUUCAACACAGGCUUUCAAUUCUUCAUCGGAAUUGGAGUGGUAGCGUCCAACUGCAUAAACUACGGCACAGCCCACCGCAGCUGGGGUUGGCGUCUAUCUCUAGGCCUUGCCAUGGUGCCGGCAGCCAUAAUGACAGUCGGGGCGCUAAUGAUCUCCGACACACCUAACAGCUUGGUGGAGCGUGGGAAGCUAACUCAAGCCAAGUUGUCGCUACUCAAGGCCCGAGGUGGCAAAGAGUCUGAGGUGGAAGCUGAGCUGGCGGAGCUAGUUAAGCGAAACGAAAUGGCUAAAGCCGUAGCUGGGCAAGAAGAGUCUCCAUUCUUGAGCAUAUUGGAGAGGCAGUACCGUCCUCAGCUGGUGAUGGCGAUAGGGAUACCAUUCUUUCAACAGGUGACUGGGAUCAAUAUCAUUGCCUUCUAUGCACCUAUUCUCUUUCAGUCCGUUGGAUUGGGAAACGAUUCGGCUUUGAUCGCAGCCAUCAUACUUGGCUUGGUCAACCUUGGUGCCAUUCUCGUCUCUUCCUUUGUCGUUGAUCGCUAUGGUCGACGGUUUUUGUUCAUCGUUGGAGGGAUUCAAAUGUUUCUAUGCCAGGUGGCGGUGGCUGGGGUGGUAGCAACUACGAGUGGUGUUUCAGGAACGAAGGAGAUAACGAAGGGGUACGCUUUAGUAAUACUAGUGCUAAUAUGCACGUACGCUGCUGGUUUUGGAUGGUCAUGGGGCCCUUUGAGCUGGCUCAUCCCUAGCGAAAUCUUUCCAAUGAAAAUUCGAGCCACAGGCCAAAGCAUCAGUGUUGCGGUGAACUUCGGGACCACCUUCGUGUUGUCCCAAACCUUCUUGACAAUGCUUUGUCACUUCAAAUAUGGCACAUUCCUCUUCUACGCCGGUUGGAUUGCGGCCAUGACUGUUUUCGUUGUCCUUUUCUUGCCGGAGACCAAAGGAAUCCCUUUGGAUUCCAUGGCCACUGUUUGGGAGCGCCAUUGGUACUGGGGUCGCUUUGUGAAAGGCCAAGGCCAACUACGUUCUCCCUCUCAGCAGGGGAAUUCUCAUUAAUUAAUAUUAAUAUUGUUUAAGAGCAUAUAUAAUUAGAUUUUAUUGAUAAGUACUUACUUUGUAUACAGAAUGCUAUUCGACGACACAAUAAAGUUAUUGUUUAAGAGCAUA